CAGGUCAUUUGGAACAUGGAGUAUGGAGCAGGAAAGCACUGGACUGAGGAGGAGGUUAAAGCUCUGUUAACAGUUUGGUCAGAGAAGAGAGUUCAGAACUACCUUCAUGGAGCCACAAGGAAUAAAGCAAUGUUCAUAUACAUUUCAAACAGACUGCAGGAGUUUGGAGUUUUCCGGGACUGGAAACAGUGUCGAGCAAAAUAUAAAAACCUGAAGUAUGAAUACAGAACAGUCAAGUAUGCCCAUAACUCUGGAGAACUUGGGAAAUCCAUGAAGUUUUUCCAGGAAUUAGAUGCCAUUUUGGCCUUGGAGAUUGAGCCACGGUUGGGAGAAGAUGAGGAUGCAACAUACUCGAAAGUAUUUACCAAGAACUGUGAGGAAGAAACUGAAACCCAUUCCAUUACAGAAAUGCUGAAUGCAGGUAACCAGCGUUUUAAAGCAGGAGUGAUCUGUGUAGCCUUGGAAGACGAUGACAUCAGCACAACUUCAGAUGAUCUGACAAUUUCACCAAUGAGGACCAAAACAAAAAUCUCUGAGCAAGGCAACCAAAAGCUAAUGCAGGAACAUGCAAAGCUGUCUUUCAUUCCUUCUGUGGCCAUAGAAGGUGGAAAGCACUGGACAGAUGAUGAAGUCCGAGCACUGCUGCACAUCUGGUCAGACAGCAACAUCCAGACCAAGCUUGAAGGGGCAGUGAGAAACAAGAGCAUAUUCGAAGAGAUAGCCAACAAGCUGCAGAAGUUUGGGAUAGACCGAGACUGGAAGCAGUGCCGGACCAAGUACAAGAACCUCAAAUAUGAAUACAAGACUGUCAGAAGCGCUCAAGGUUCUGGCAACACUUGUAAAAGCAUGAAGUUUUUCAAUGAACUAGAUGCUAUCCUGCAGCGCAGAACUGCCAAACAAUCAGACAAAAAUGGUGAUCGACAGGACAUCAGUGAAGAAGAAACUCAUCCAGCAGAGGCGGAAGAUUCAUAUAGUACAGCCUCAGAGGAUCCAGUGAUUACACAUAUUAAAAAGGAGCCUCCAGAUAUUGAUGAAGACUCUGUUAGUGCCACCUCUGAAGAUCCUGUAACACAGAAUUCAUGGAAGAGGAGAAAGGAGACAGGUGAGCAUAUACAAUCGGAUAAGGCUCCAAAUCAGUUCAGAGUCAUCGCAGUCAAUGACACAGGAAUAGGAAGGCACUGGAGCGACAAUGAAGUCAGCGCACUCAUUUUGAUUUGGUCUGAUGAAAACAUCCGACAGCAACUUGAAGGAGCAACUAGAAACAAGGAAAUAUUCGAGCAGAUUUCCAGGAGGUUGAUGAAGAUGGGGAUUGACCGGGACUGGAAGCAGUGUCGGACAAAGUACAAAAACCUCAAGUACGAAUACAGAACGCUCCAAAGGCGGAAUAUCCAGAUCUGCAACCCUAAAAGAGUAAUGAGAUUUUAUGAUGAAGUGGAUGCUAUCUUGAGAAGAUCUCAUGCUCUUCAACAACAAAAGAGAUCUGAAGAACAGUGCCAAUCUGCUGAUCUGAACACAACUGACAGGGCAGAAAAAGAUUCAAGAGCAGAGAAUAGUGCAGGGCCUUUCAUAGUGGACCACCAUCACAAAGCGCUUUACAGAGAUGAAGAAUCAAGCGGCACAACAGAAGAUUGUUUAACUGCAGGGACAAAGAGGAAAGCAAGUGAAGUAGGUUCUCCAGUAUCUGCCAAAAAAAGAAAUGGCACUACCACUUUUAACAGCCACAUAAUAACAACAUUUGAAACUGUGACAGCAUAUGGGAAUCAACCUGAAGAAGGUUACUGCAAACGAGAGGAAGACCACCAGUGUAUUCCAAUAAUGCACAUUUCCUCUGAAACUCCAUGUCAGCAUCCACAAAUACAGGAACAGGAACGGUCCUCCGUAAUGGCUGCAGAAUUGAAACUGGUAAAGCUGAAUGAGGGCAAGACUAAAGAGAUCUAUGAACUCCUUGACCGCCCAGGUCAUGUGCUGGUGCAGUCCAAGGACCAGAUCACAGCGGGCAAUACAGUGAGGCGGGACCAGAUGGAGGGGAAAGCAGCCAUCUCCAAUAAGACGACAGGCUGUGUCUUCAGACUGCUGCAAGAAGCUGGAAUCAAGACUGCUUUUGUUGAACAUCACUCCUCUACAGCCUUUGUGGCUGCACGGUGUGAAAUGAUCCCAAUCGAAUGGGUGUGUAGAAGAAUCGCCACUGGAUCUUUCCUGAAGAGGAACCCUGGUGUAAAGGAAGGAUACAGGUUUAGUCCUCUGAAGUUGGAGAUGUUCUUCAAGGAUGAUGCAAACAAUGACCCGCAGUGGUCUGAAGAGCAGCUGAUUGAGGCCAAGUUCUGCUUUGCAGGUCUGAACAUCGGACAAUGUGAAGUCGAUGUGAUGAACAGAGCCACUGUGGCAAUUUUUGAGAUCCUGGAGAAAGCCUGGUCAACUCAGGACUGCACUUUGGUAGACAUGAAAAUUGAGUUUGGUGUGAAUGUAACAACCAAAGAAAUUAUUCUUGCUGAUGUUAUUGACAAUGAUUCCUGGAGACUAUGGCCUUCUGGUGAUCGGAGCCAGCAGAAAGACAAGCAGGUGUACCGUGAUCUUAAAGAAGUCACUCCAGAAGCACUGCAGGUGGUUAAGAGAAACUUUCAAUGGGUGGCAGAAAGAGUCCAGUUGCUGCUGGAAUCAAAGAAUACUGGCAGAGUGGUGGUGCUCAUGGGGUCCGCCUCUGAUAUUGACCACUGUGAAAAGAUCAAGAAGGCUUGUCUCUCCUACGGCAUCCCUUGUUUCCUGAGAGUCACCUCUGCUCACAAGGGGCCAGAUGAAACUUUGAGAAUUAAAGCAGAGUAUGAAGGUGAUGGUGUUCCGACUGUCUUUGUAGCAGUGGCUGGCAGAAGCAAUGGGCUGGGCCCAGUCAUGUCAGGAAACACUGCAUACCCUGUUAUCAACUGCCCUCCAAUUACUGCAGACUGGGGUGCACAGGACAUCUGGUCAUCUCUGAGAAUGCCGAGUGGUUUGGGGUGUACAACUGUCCUUUCACCGGAUGCUGCUGCCCAGUUUGCAGCACAGAUUUUUGGCCUGAAUAACCACCUGGUCUGGGUUAAGCUGAGGGCCUCCAUGUUAAACACAUGGAUCUCUCUGAAACUGGCUGACAAGAAACUGCAAGAAUGCACUCUGUAGGAAAUUAUAUUGUAAAAGCAAAUUUACUACUUUCUGUACAAUAUGUACUUACUCAAGCCCUGGUGAAAGCAUAAUGUAAUUUCAAAUUUUUAUAUAUA